AUGUUGCUGAUAAACAUCGAACAUUUAUAUCUGGACUGUAGGUGUGGGGAACAUUGGACAGAAACCUGCCCUGGGUAUUUGCGCCUCGUAUCUGUGGGACACGCCCUGAUUCUGAGUGUGGUGUUUGCAGGAGUUUUCCUAGCCCCAGUUUUAACCAACAUCAUUGUAAACAACGAGGGAAAUGUUGGAGGGACUUCACAUCAAUCUGUCAACAUCGAUCACAAAAGGAAGGUGGUGAACAUAGACCACAACAAUGGCUGGAAUUCUUGGAACACCAUCUGGGAUUAUGGCACUGGUUUCAUGGCAACCCGGAUAUUUUCCAAGAAAACCUGCUUCAUCACCAGAAUGAAUAAACAGAUCAUGCCAGACAUAACUACUCUUCCCAAAGCCAUCCGGGAAAAACAGAAGAAUCCUAGAAGUGGACCUGCCCCAAAGGAGGUCUCCUUCACUGUUUCCCAUAAGAGAAUUUCAGAUCUGUCCAUCUAUGGGAAGCAGGUGCAAGCAUUUUGCCGAGGGAUCCCCAGCUAUCUUGCUUCUGAAGUUAAAAAGCCAAGCUUUUUCUUCUCCGAAGAAUCAUCCUGUACCCGACUGAAAAUCCUUUUCCUCCUCCACUUCUCUUACUGCCACGAAGCCAUGUACGAGUAACUCUCGGCUCGGCUAACCUCAGCCUGGGAUACGUUGCAGGGGUGAUUAGCAGCAUUGUUUCCUUCUCUACGCAGAGGGCAGAAAA